AUGGCACAAGGAAAAGGUGGGAGAACUGGGAAAAAGAAAGUUGUAAAACAUACCAGGGUUGUUUUCACUGAAAGUGCAGAAGAAAAUAUCCUGGACACCUCAGAUAACUCCUGCUCUGACUCCAGCAAUGAAGGUCACUGGACGCAUAAAAAAGAUGCAAAAGAGGCUGUAGUGGAGAACACUACAACCAGUGAAGAGAAGAGUAGUUCUUCAGAGGAUGAUGACAUCAGUGAGAAAGAAGGCAUGCUUGAAGAUCCUCCUGUGGUUGAAGGAAAAGGCUCCAAGGCACUGCUUGAUAAAAGCAGUGAUGCAUCUAAUGAAACUGAAAGGGAGCAGGUGACCACAGGUGGAGGGAGUGAAUCUGAGGAUGAAGACACCGACUUUGCAGGAUUGAAGGCAGAAGAGAAAACGAAGAAGCAAGAUGACAUGCCAAGACAACCAAGAUCUAUUCUAGCUGAGAGCAGUGAAGAAGAUGAUGAUGCAAGUAUUUCAGAAUUCUACCUUAAAAGUCUCAGGAACAGAGAAUAUGGCAAUAAUGAAGUAGGCAAGGAAAACAUGCUAGAAAAUUACGAAGUUCAAGAUACAGUAAAAGAUGCACAUGAUAAUUCUGACAGCAGUGGGGAGAACAGCACUGAAGAGAACACUGACCAAGGAAAAGAAAAUGCAACAAAACAAGCACUGCCUAGUGCUGUUAGAACAAAGCUCCAUGUUCUCCUUAGCAAAGUAUUUCAAGGAACUGAACAGGAAAAGAAUGUGAAUGAUGAAGGCAGUGCACUGGAAGGUGGCUCUUUGCUCUCUAAGCAGCAGAUGACAUUGAAAGAAAAAUCCAGGAGGUGUGAGUUUGCAGAACAAGGUGAAGUGGUAGGAGGCAUACAGAGGGAUAGCUCAUCAGACUACAGCAAGCAGGAGCUUGCAGCAAGGAUGCUUGCAAAGAAAUGCUCUUCUCAGUCCCAAAUCCUUCUCAGUCUGAAAACCAAAUGUAAAAAUGCUGAGACCAAACUACUAAGCUGUAAACCAAAUGCUGUCCAGAUGGCUUUAGAAGCCAGCUCUGACCUGAAAAAUGUUGAAAGUAUCUGUUCAGAACCCGCAACUCUAGAAACCCUCAGUACACAGAAAGAACCCAACAUAGCUCAGAGUUUUGAAGAGAAAAGAUUAAAUCUUUCAAAUAUUUCAACCUGCUCCACUGUUACCAAAAAAUCAUCUGAAAAGCAGCUCCUUGGCAAGAAGAAGAAAGUUAGAAAAGUUACUGGAAAAGUUACACUCAGUUCAGGCCAGAAUUCAGAGGCAAAAAAAAAGAGAGCAGAAGAUGAUGUUGCAGAGGCACCUGCUGAAGAAGAAAAUGUGUGUGAUAAGAAAAGAUCCAAGUACUUGCAGAACCAUUCUGCUUUUAGAAAAGUCACCAGCUGGCUUGGUCAAAAACCUGCCAAGAAAGCAAGCCUGAAAGCUCGUCUACUUAGCGUGGCACAUGCAAUUGGUAUUUCAAGAUGGCUCUUGAAGAAAUUUGGGAAGAGGAAGAGGAGCAGCAAGCCUUUUGGAUUCAGAAGUAGAGUGGCAAUCCGGAUUGUAAGCACUGCGGGGUGGGCUGGUCGGUCUGGCACAGCCUUCCCUGGUGCAGACAGACAGUUGGGGAUGGAGGAGUUGAGUGACAAAGAAUCUUCUUCUCCAUCAGUGGUGGGGAAAGGUGGUCCUAAAAUGGCAGAAGUGGGACACAUUGAUCUGCCUCCUGGUGAUUCUCCUCUUCAUGGAACUAGUUCCUUUCCAUACUUACUUAGCUUCGAUGAGGAGAACACCAAUGCUACUGAUGCCAAGUUUGCUAUAGUUUUUCCCAGAGUCCACAGCAUGAUUAAAACCAAGAGCUCCUUAUCUAGAGGCUCUGGGAAUGGUUAUUCCCUAGAGAAACUGAAGUCUCUAUCAGACAGAAAAUCUGUGAUGCCUGUGCAAGAGGGCUGUAGAUUCAAGUGUGACCUUCCCAGAUCUUUGAUGGAUCAAAGCCCUCCGGAAGACCGGCUCACUGUUUCUCUGCCACCUCAGGAAGAGGAUCCAACAUGUACAUCAGCUUAUUCCACUGGGAUAGAUGUCAAGGAGGGUUCAAGUGUUCUCCAGACUGCUGGGUCUGUAGUCACACCUUGUGUUCACUGGUCUCAGCAGCAGGCUCAGGGAUGUGACCCUGCAGCAUGGCUGAACUCUGAAUUGCUGCUGCCACGAUUAACCAUUGAGAACCUAAGCAAAUGGGCCAUCUACAAGGACCCACAUCUGGCCAACAGUCAUGUGAUUAAGGUCUACAAGGAUCAAUGGGAGGCAGAAGAUGUCACUGACAAUAUGCUAGAGAUGGAAUUCGUGCAGAAACAGGUGUACUUCUGUGAUGAUCACCGUGUAGAAGCUGAGGAGGUGGAAGAUCUAACCAGACUGGAGGAAGUCUGUGAGAGCUCAGUUCUGCUGUGUCUGAAGAAGAGGUUCCAUCGCAAUCUAAUUUAUACUUACAUCGGGCAAAUUUUGGUUUCUGUGAAUCCUUUCAAAGACCUCAAUAUCUACUCUGAAGAUGUGGCUACCCAGUACCAGCAAGGGACACUCUCAAAAAAUGCCCCACACAUCUUUGCCAUAGCAGAAAUGGCCUACACGCUCUCCCAAUCAUCAGAGCAAGAGCAGUGUGUCAUCAUCAGUGGGCACAGUGGAUCAGGUAAAACAGAAGCUGCCAAAGCUAUUGUGCAAUACCUGACCAUGCUGUACCAGAGACCAGACAGCCACAGGAUCAGAAAGCCCUGUAGUGUCCUACCCAUCCUGGAAAGUUUUGGGAAUGCCAGAACCAUCCUCAAUGACAAUUCAAGCCGUUUUGGAAAGCUUCUGAAUGUCUAUCUGCAACAUGGCAUGGUGGUGGGAACAUCCAUCUCCCAGUACCUGCUGGAGAAGUCUCGUGUGGUAUUUCAGGCCCUUGGGGAGAGGAACUACCAUGUGUUUUAUGAACUACUGGCUGGGAUGUCUGUGGAGCAGAAAGAGGAGUUGUACUUGCAAGAGGCAGAGUCUUACUUUUACCUGAAUCAGGGCAGAGCAUGUGACAUCCUGGGGAAGGAGGACAGUCAGGACUUUCUGGUCUUGGUGCAAGCUCUGGAGGGAAUCAGCCUCUCAGAGGAUCAGCUGGCCUCCACCUGGGCUGUCCUGGCUGCCAUUCUGCAACUGGGGAAUAUCUGCUUUACCUCCUAUGAGAAAGAAUCCUAUGAACAUGCAGCCAUCGCCAGUGACACUGAGAUUCAGAUUGUGGCCAAUUUGUUAUGUGUCUCAGCAGAUUUCCUGCAAAGUGCUGUCACUCACCGGGUCACUGUGACAUCUUAUGAUCGGAUCUUCACUCCUUUGUCUGUAGAAGGAGCCAUUGAUGCCAGGGAUUCCAUUGCCAAGACUCUGUAUUACCUGCUUUUUGAGUGGCUGCUGCUGAGGAUCAAUGAGUGGUUGGCUCCCUGGGAAUCAGACUGUGCCGUGGGCAUUGUGGACAUACAUGGUUUUGAGGUUGCUUUUCCUACUCUCUUGGUAUUGUCUGGACUGCAAGAUCUAGGUGUGAACAGCUUAGAGCAACUCUGCAUCAACUUUGCCAAUGAGCACCUCCAGCAUUUUUUCAGCCAGACUGUCAUUGCCCAGGAAGAGGCCACCGACCACACUUUCCUCCAGAAGUGUCAUUACCAUCAUGGAAACAGCCCUUGGUACACCAAACCCAAGUUGCCUUUGCCAGUCUUCACUGUGAAGCACUAUGCAGGCCCUGUCACCUAUCAGGUCCACAAGUUUCUUAAUAAAAACCGUGACCGGCUGCGGCCAGAGGUGCUGGAUAUCUUCUCCCAGAGCCGCCUCAAGGUGGUGUCUCACAUUUUCCAGAAGGCUAAAGCUGCCUAUAGUCAGCAGAGGGAGCUGGGGGCCAGAGGCAAAGGGCUCAAGCCUCAGGCCUCCACACUGGUGUCCAAAUUCCAGCAGUCCUUGCAGGACCUCACAGCCAAGCUGAGAAGGAGCCAUGCUCUUUUCAUUCGGUGCAUCACCCCUAAUCCCAAAAAGCUGUCAAAUAUCUUUGAUGUGGAGUAUGUCACUUGUCAGCUGCGGCAUUCUGGGAUACUGGAGGCUAUCCACGUUAGAAAGGAGGGAUACCCAGUCCGUCUUUCAUUCCACAACUUCCUAGCCAGAUAUGGCCACCUGGUUGAACGAAGGCACAGCUGCUUGGAGGAGAGAGAAGGCUGCAUGGCAGUGCUGGCUAAUGUGGUGGGGAACCCCUCAGAUCUCUAUCAGAUUGGAGUAACAAAGGUCUUUCUGAAGGAGAAGGCCAGGCAGCUUCUGGAGAGGCAAUGGAACCAGAGGCAGAGCUGGGCUGUUGUUACUCUGCAAAGGAAAGUCCGACGUCUCCUUCGCCGCAGACGCUUCCGUCUCCUUCAGGAGAAAGUCACAAUCAUCCAGGCUCACUUCCGAGGUUACCAGGCAAGAAAGCGUUACAGGAGGCUGAAGAAGACUUUGGUGCAAUUUAAUACCAUGAUUUUAAUCUCCAGAACUUUGAUUCGAAGGAGGAAGCACUGUCAGCAGGAGUUAGAGGAAGGGAAACAAAGGAGGUCCCUGGCCAGUGGUGACACAGAGAACAGUCCCAACCAAGGAAUGGAUGUGGGGCUGCUGGAGAUCCCUGCAGAGCUUGCUGCCCUCCUGCAGUCAAUUGAAGGUCAGUACAGAGCACAGAACAACCAGAUAACUGAGACAUUACCUCCAGAAGUCAGGGUCAAAGAUGACCUUUCCUUACCACCCAACAUCAACAGCUAUCCUUUCUCCUCCUUCAUUAAAUCACACUUCCAGAGGACAGAUUUCCCUGCCCCUGGGCAGCCUCUUCAGCACCCCUUAACCCGCCUGACCGCUGAACAUCAGGAGAGCGCGCUGGAGGUCAACAAACUGAUUUUGCGGUUCAUUGGUGACAAGAAUCUCCAUGGCUGGCAGGAGGUACUUCUGGGCAACUACAUUGCUGGAAGAGGUUUGAAUAAUGUGGCUCUGCGUGAUGAAAUCUUCAGUCAGGUGGUUGCCCAGACAUGGAAGAACCCAGACAUGGAGCAGAGCCAGCGAGCAUGGGUCCUGAUGACAACUUUGCUGAGCUGCUUUGCCCCUUCACCAGCACUGGAGAAGCCGCUGCUGAAGUUUGUGUCAGAUCAUGGUGCAGAGGGCUACAAUGCUGUCUGCCAGCGGAAGAUCUUGACAGCAGCACAACACACAGACUCUGCCUCGUCUCGGGCCUACCCUCCCACUCAGCUGGAGUGGACUGCAAACCAUAGGAGAGGGAAGAUGAUUCUGGAUGUUCAUACCUUUAACGAGGAGAAGUUCUCAGCUGAAGUGGAGUCCUGGAUGACUGGGGAGCAGUAUGCAGGCUGGCUCCUGACUGCAAGGGGCUGUGAUAAGAAGUCUCGAGGGUGGUCUAUCUCCAUGUUUACUGGCAACACAUGGCAGGACCUGCUGGGCUGUGACUUUGUGCUGGACCUCAUUGGAGAGAUGGAGGAGACCAGCAACUUCAGUGGCCCCUCUCAGUCCUCAGCUGAGUAUCCCAUCACUCCUGAAAGGGACAGAAGCUUCCUCCACGACUCUGACCUUGAUUACAGGAUCCCUCCUGCUCCAGGUAUCCAGGCUCCUACCUUCCCACCACCUAGCCUGCCUCCAGAACUGAACAGUCUCCAUCCAGACCAGAGACUGAGGGAUGACACGAGGACCCCUGCAGGCUUGGAUCACUAUGUGGAUGAUCUCUUCAGCACAGUGCUGAAUCAAGGCUCCAGAGUAUCAGAUAUGGAGAACAGGGAGAGUCUGACUGGACGCAUGAAAGGAGGUGGGAAGAUUGGACCCACACAGAGAGGAAUCUUUCCUUCUACAGGCCUCUCUGGAAUGACUCAAGCACCAGUUUACCAGCCCAUGCCUUCAAUGAUGGGGAUACCAGCAGCCAUGCCUGUGGUCCCAGCAGCUGGGGGCAUUGCACCUAUGCCAGCCAUGGUUAUGCCCCAGCCUGUGGUUCCAGCUGUAGAUCCCAACCAGUUAGCAGCACAACAGCAAGCCUUUAUCAACCAGCAAGCCAUGCUCAUGGCCCAGCAGAUGACCCUUCAAGCCAUGAGCAUUUCCCAGCAACAGCAGCAGCAACAGCAGCAGUGGCAACAGUCUCUUGAGAACUCAAGGCCAAGAGUCUCAAGUCCACCACAAGCCCAAGCCUCUGCUCCAGUCCCAGCCACUUCCCCAAAACCCAAGAAUCUUCCCAGCAGCCGGAAUGCUGCACUACCACCAAAAGCUCCAGAACCACCAGCUAAGGCAGAAGAACUGGUUUAUUACUAUACAGAUGACCAGUUGUCCAGCAGUGAAGAAAAUGACCACCUUCCAGAAACUUUCCAGGAGAAGAAACAAUAUUUUCAGAAGAUGGGGGAGCAACACAUCCGAGUGAAGAAAGUCAGGCCUUCUACCAAAACUUGGACACCUCCAGCAAAACCUCAGCCAAAGCAGGAGGAGGAGCAAGAAGAAGAGAGGCAGAAGCGGAAAGAAGAGGAGAGGGAGAAGAAGAAAGAAGAAAAGCCCAGCCCUAAAACAGAUGCAGCUCCUGCUCCCCCUUUGCCACCUCCUGAGCCAAAGCCAGAAAAACAGACCCCAAAAGCAAAGAAGGAGCCACCUGUGGUGAGGCCUUCGGGGCCUGAGUCGCGCCCUGCGCCCAGCCGGGAGAUCCGCAACAUCAUCAAAAUGUACCAGAGCCGGCCUGGCCCUGAGCCCCAGCCCAUCGAGCCUGUCAGGAGACCAUCCAAGCCAUUUAUAAAGAAGAAUGACCCCAAAAAUGAGGCUUUGGCCAAGCUGGGCAUGAUGAACCUCCCAUCUCCCAAAUCACCAUUGCCCCCCCAGCCACAAGAGAAGAGAACUCCUCCUCCACCUCCCAAGCCCAAACCAGGCUCAGCUUCCAGCUCUAUCAAGGAGAAGCAGUUGCCUCUCCUGGCCAUCUUCAAACAGGAGAGUACUCCACCGACUUCCCCAGCUCCUCCUCCCCCUCCUCCCCCACCAUUCCCUUCAUCUCCCCUGCCUGAGAACCAAGGCUAUCAGGAAUCCACAGGGAAGGUCUCUGCUCUAACAGUAGCAGAAGAUGAUGGUAUCAAGACCCAGCUCUACAAGCUCACUACCAGUGUCAGCUUUUCCUAUGUCAACCCUUCCUGGAAAAUCUUUCUGCGCAAAGAGGUGUUUUACCCCAAAGAAAAUUUCAGUCACCCUUAUUGUCUGAACUUGCUGUGUGAACAGAUCAUGUGUGACACCUUCUCUGAUUCCUGCCUUCGGAUCUCCAGAGAGGAGAAGCGCAAAAUGAAAGACCUACUGAUGCAGUUCCGGGUUGGCAACGAUGUCCAGUCCAUUCAGGAAGAUGGGAUAAAGAAGAGGAUUGUACUGGCUGCUCGGGAUAACUGGGCUAACUAUUUCUCCCGUCUUUUCCCUGUUCGUGGUGAAGAUGGAAGCGAUGUUCAGGUCCUGGGUGUUUCUCACCGGGGCAUGAGGCUGCUGAAGGUGGUGAAAGCAACUGGCUAUAAUCCUGAGCACCUGAAGAUUCUUCGCAGCUACAGCUUUGCAGAUGUGCUCUCAGUGGAAUUGAAGGGCAGCGAUGCCCUGGAGUUCUCUCUGAAGACAGAGCAGCUCUUCCUGCACUCUCCAAAGGCAUCAAGCAUCAAGGCCAUGGUGGAACUCUUCAUCCAGGAGCUGAGGCAGGAUACCAGCUACGUUGUUGCUCUGCGCAGCUACAUUGCAGAUGACAAGAGUCUCCUUAGCUUCAACAAAGGUGACCUCAUCGAGCUACUGCCCAUGCAAGGCGUGGAGCCAGGCUGGCAGUUUGGCUCCACUGGUGGCCGCAGUGGUAUUUUCCCCACCAACCUGGUGCAGUUGGCUGCAGCCCCUGAUUACCUCAGCACCAGCAUGAACAGACAUGGAGGGCUGCGCAAGAGCACAAAAGCUUCUUCAGAGAUCAGGAAUACCAGCAGGGAGAGUUCUAUUCCCAGCCUGACAUCAGAACCCAACAGCACCUUGUUAGUCCCUGCUGGUGAUCGUUACACCAUGGUGGACUUUGCCACAGCUUAUUUCCGAGAGGCUCAGUCUGUGCAAGGAAUGAAAGGGAUACCUGCUGAAAAGAAGAGUGCAGCUCACCUGGUCCAGCACACCAAGGUCCCGAUCCAGGGGUCUUUGCUCCAGUUCUCUGACAGGGAGCUGAGUGAGCUUGCUACAACGAACUUCAAGACUCUGAUGCGGCUCAUGGGAGAUCAACCAAAACUCAAGCAUCAGAAUGAGGUUGAAUGCAUCUAUGAAAUCCUUCAGCUGUGCAAGGAGAAGGAGAGUUUGCAUGAUGAGGUCUACUGCCAGGUCAUCAAACAGGUCACCUGCAAUCCUAAGCAGGAGAGCGUGAUGCGUGGUUGGUUGCUCCUAAGCCUGCUAAGUGGGUACUUCCUCCCUUCUAACACCCUGAUGCCCUAUGCCACCAAGUUUCUGCAGCUAGCCAGCAGUGACCCAUCUAGCACCCAUCACGAAAUAGCCAAGAUCUGCCAGAGCAACCUGCGGAAAAAUGUCAUGUAUGGGGGCCGUCGCCACCUUCCUUUCCCUGUGGAGUUAGAGGCAUUUCUGAAGGGGCAAAGUGCCCGCCGGCUGGUGAUACUGAUCCCUGGGGGCAUGGAGUACGUCAGCAGAAUCAAGACAUUCACUGUGGCCAAGGAACUCUUGCAGGAGAUCUGUGAGCACAUGGGGGCAAAUGAACAGGAAGAGAUAAAGGAAUUUGUUCUUUUUGCCAUCAGGAGUGACAGCAAUAAUCCUGGCAAAACGGCGAGGCCAAUAAGAUCGGAGGAGUAUCUUCAUGAUUAUCUGCUGGAGGACAGGGUGGUCACUGUGACUUUACGCAGGCUGAUCUGGAGGACACCUCUGCACUUCGAGAACAAAGUUUAUCUCAAUGUCCAUUAUGGACAGAUGCUGUGGGAUUACCUGAAUGGCAGGAUACUGUUAAGCCAUAAUAAAGAAAUGGAGGCACAGGUGAGCUUUCUGGCAGUGCUCCAGCACUGGGCCAAAACAAACCAGAAGAGCUCUGCUCUCAGCAGGGAGGAGCUGAAGGAGUACACGCCAAAGACCCUGCAGUCCUCCAUCAGUCCCCAGGCUCUGCAGAACCACGUUAGCAUGCUGCUGAGAACCAGGCAGCCCCUCCAGCCAGUGGAUGCAAAAAUACAGUUUAUGGAGCAUGUGAUGAAAUUGCCUUUCUUUGGCUACAACACUUACUUGGUAGAGAGAGUCAGUGAUGACACAAUUCCUGUGCCCUGUUACUUUGGUGUGAAUAAAGAGGAGAUCAUUGUGGUGCAUGGCACUACCCAGGCUGUCUCGCGCAUCAUUCCUCUGAAGGAGCUGCAGAAGAUGCGGACACUGCGGCCCACCUCUGAGGGUGGGCUGCCUGGCAUAGAACUGGACUAUGGCUCAGCUGCCAGCCCCAAGGCUAUGUGGCUUGAGCUGUCAGAGGCUAAAGAAAUGUAUCACACGAUUGUUGUCAUCAUGGAUAAAACAGAGUUGCACAACUAGAGCCUAAGAGGAGGAGAAUGACCAAGCCAGACAGCACUGUUUUCCUUCCCUUGAGCUCGCUCAGUGCUCCUGGCCCUGUCUUCAGGAGAGGACUCUCCCAAAAGACAUCCAUGACCUCAGACAGCUGCUUUCUCACUGCCACCACAGUGUUUGUUGAUGGACAUAACCUCACCCCUCCGGACCCGUCAUUCAGUACCCAAAUACUCCUCCUCGAAGCAAUUCAUGCAGUGGCUAAACAAACCAUGAGACAACCUUUCCACACUGCUGCUUUUUCAUAGCCUGUUCCAACCCAGAGCAGCUGAACAGAUGCAAGCAACUGCCUUCAAGCUAUGCAGUGUUGGGACUGUUAUUUU